AUUAUAUUUAAACUAUGGAAGAAGAUAAGAAAACGAAGGAAUUGAGUGAAGAUAAUAGCAUUACAGUUCUUCAAUCCAUCAAUGACAAGAGCAGACAAGAUGAAUUUAAGUCAGGUACAAGAAAAGAUAGUAGGAGUAACUAUCCGACUAAUCCAAAAGAAGAUCAACAUCUAUCCGUAAGAGACAAUUCUGAUUUUGGCCCUUCUGAUACUUUGAGUAUUGCGUCAGCAAUAGAGGAAGAGGAUCUUGAAAAGAUUCCCCCAAAUUUUGAAGAUGCUCGGAUCCAUCAGAAUGCUCAGAGAGUAAAAUAACUUGGAUAGUAAUAAAGACAAUAAAGGGAAGAUUCAGGAUAAGAGGUAUUACUGACAGUGUUGAAAGAUGCCCACCACUAACACCCAGCCCUUGUAUCCUCUGUGUCAGGAUACCAAGAUCCUGGAGGAUCUUGGUAUUGGCUACCCUUUGUAUUUCCUGUUCAAGAAAUACAUUGGCUGCAUCUAUGCGGUGAUCGUGCUGUGAAUCUCUGUGGUCGGCUUGGUCCUGUAUUCCAAUCCUGAUAAUGGAGAGGAGUGGAUGGGACCUGAUGAAAAUGCUCCAUUUAUUAUUAGAGUGUCCAUUGGGAAUAUUGGGAAAAUAGCGAACAGAUAUGAAUCUGGAGAUGUCAAUAUAAUGAUCAUUAUCAGCACAAUUAUCUUGACAGCCAUCUUUAUUUCUUAUGUUCUUUUCCAACAAUUUCAAAAAGACUUCAUAAACAAGAUAGAUGAGGGUCUAAUAUCUCCAGCUGAUUUCACUGUAAUGGUAUCCAAUAUUCCCCAUGACAAAAAUAAAGCUGACUUAAAAACAUGGCUCUGCAAGCAUGUCGAAACAGAUGAAAAAGAAGUAAUUGAUAUAAACUUGUGCUAUGAUAUUCACUCCGAAGUUAAGGAGAUUCAAAAGAUAAUUGAUCUUAAAUAAACUAGUUCAGAACUAUGACUUAUUAAGUCAAAAACAGAAAAUGAAGUACACCAAGAACCAACUCCGCAAGGAGAUUAAACAAAAGGAAAAGAAUGUUGGGGAUAUUAAGCAGAGAAUCUUAGAUGAUAAUUCAAAGGAUCAAUUCACUGGCAAAGCCUUUGUUGUCUUCAACAACCAAGCUGACCCUGAGAAUUUGAUCAAUGAAUUCAAAAGAUCACUUAUUCGGAGAAUUUAUAACCACAUAGUUCUAAAGUGGCUUAAAGUCAAAAGUGAACGCUUCCAAGAUGAUAGAUGGUGGGACGGCAAAAGAAUUGAUAUAGAAAGAGCAGCCGAGCCAACUAAUAUAUACUGGGAGAACAUGGCAGUCAAACCUAAUGAAAGAUUCUGGAGAAGCCUUGCAACAUAUGGGGUCGCUUUCAUCUGCUUAGCGAUAGUCUUUGCCAUUAAUUUGGGAUUAUCCUUUGCAAGAGAUGCUCUUGAUGAUGAGGUAAACAGCUCAAAUAAUAAUGAAACAAGAAUAUAUGCAAUGAUAAUUGUAAUAUCUUUCAUCUCUUCUAUAUUUAUUGCUAUAAAUAACACUAUUUUGUUCAAAGUCAUUCGCUAUAUUUCUCAGUUUGAGAGACAUGAGACUUAUACAAAAAUGAAUUUAACAGUGUCUGUAAAAUUGACUGUGUGAGUGGUUAUCAACACUGGGGUGAUACCCCUGAUUGUUAAUUUGGGUAAGAAGCGCUGGUUUGGGAGAAGUGGGCUAGCUAUUGACAUGUUCUUUAUCCUACUAGCCAUCAAUUUCAUUACUCCAUCCCUUAGUCUCUUCAAUGUAGUUCAUUUUUGGAGAAAAUUUAGAUAUUGGUAUGAAGAAAGGAAAGGAGAAAAGUCUUCAAUGACUCAAAGGGAAGCGAACCAAUUGGCAGAAGGGGUUGAUUGGAAUCCUCCAUAUUACUAUGCAACUUCUGUAUCAAUCCUGAUUAUUACAUGCUUCUACACACCCUUGAUCCCCUUGCUUGCAAUAAUUUCAUUCUUUGGAUUGAUUUAUAAAUAUUGGGUUGAGAAAUAUGUGUUGUUAAGAAGAUGAAAGAUUCCUCAAGAAUUAGGAGAGCAAAUGGCAAUAAUGUUCAUCGGUGUUAUCCCAUUAUGCUUGUUCUUCUAUUCUCUUGGCCAAUUUAUAUUCAUCCAAACACUUUCUGAGGGUAAAAAUCAGCUUCCAUGGAUUCCCUUAGGAAUGAUGAUUUUAGCAGUGUUAGUAGUUUCCCCAGUGCUCGCUUAUCUUGAUCUUCAAACAAAGGUGAAGAGAGAUGAAAAAGCAACUUUUGAAAAAUACAAAAAUGAAUUCUUAACCGAUUACAACAGAUCAAAUCCUAUCACAUCUGAUGAUGCUAUCCAAGACCAUAUCCAGUCUCUUCAGAAGUUAAGGACAGUCAGAAAUACGAAUCAUUUGUUGACCAGAUUUAAGGAAUCCAUAAGGGCGAAGAUCUUCCCAGCGUUGGCCAAUGGAGGCAUAACCAUGACCAACAUGAUAAAUAAUACGAGAGAUCUCAACAACAGUGCUGAAGAGCUUAGCAGAGAUAUGGACCUAGGCGAUGAAGAAGAAGAGAAAAUACCUUAGAAUGCUUAAGCCCUCUUAAUUCAAAUAUUAA